AACUUGAAAAUGGCCAAGCAGAUCUUACCGCGACAGGCACGAGGCGAGGCCGAAUGAGGCAUCACCUUCGUCAGAUCAGAAUCAACAUGCCGCACUCGGAAUUUCAGAAAUCAUUCGAAAAGCUGAAAGAACACAACAAAGAAUUACAACAGCUCGUUCAGGUCUUUGAACAGCCUCAAAACAGGCCCAAACGGAAAUCUCUAGCUUCAGUUCGGAAGCGACGGGCUUCAACCAUGAUGAGAGCGAGACGUGUCGCACCAAAACAGAUAAAUGAAUUCUCCCGGAUUCUCGAAGAAAGCUAUCAUUGUAGCUGUAGCGGUGGACACGAUGCGGAUCUCAACAUCAAUGGGGACGCUCAGUUCCAAGUGUACUUCCAUGUUGAUGACGAAACCGGAAGGGCCUUUUCGGGAGCCUCUCUAGAGUCCCGUCUUCCUACAAUAUCGGGAGUGUCAGCCAUCAAUAUCGGAAUUGAAGGUGAUCUGGAUAGAUCGGGACGAUCAAUAGCGCCCGAGAUUGUGGGGACACCCGAGCGGACGGAGUUCAGCAGAAGUCCAGUUCAGGACGAUGCUAGGACAUCGUGGUCUCGAUCUCGUCACAACAGCACUAGCAGUGGAUCUCACGAAAGGAGAACAACUCGAGCACUCCCAAUCAUAUUUUACCGACCACUCUCCGAAUCCAAUGAUAAUGGUAGGCAGAUUGACGAUAUGUGUGAUCUAGUGAAGAGUCUAGAUAAGAACGUCGCGAACACUCGGAGAUCGUAUCAAACAGUUGGUACACUUGGCCACGGCGACAGACAUUUUGCAGCUCGCCACAAAGAACCAGCAAUGACAGACAGCUAUGUGAUAUCACUCGAUGAGAAGCUACCAGAAACCGAAGAUUGGCUGCUAUCCCGCCAGAAGCGUGUCGAUAUUGCACAGAGGCUUGCUCUGGCUAUCGUGCAGUUUUGGUCAACAUCUUGGAUUGACAGGUGGUGGACGUGGAGGGAUUUCUCAGUCAAGGAUGAUAAUUCCAGGGAGGUCCAACUAUUCGUGACCCGAACCAUCUUUGCGCCAACUUCCGAGGGAAGUCCAUCCGGAAAGCCAGCAAGAAUCUGGCGGUUUCUUCGAGAACCACUACUUGUUCGACUCGGGUUUGCAUUAAUCGAGUUGGCGCUGGGCAUGAGACUAUCUCGAUGGAGAGAAUUGCAUAAUUAUGGCAGCACAACUGGUGAGGGACUUGGAGAAGAUAGUCAGGAUGAGAGAGACUAUGAUACCGCUCUGACUAUUCUCGGGCGGAAGAUAUUACAGGAGGAGAUCAGUGUGGCAUAUCAAGCUGUAGUAGAAGCAUGCUUGAAGUGCGAGGUCAUUCGGGAAACAGGUGCGAUAUCUCUCACAACGGCUGCGAAUUCUUUUUCCGAAGAUGUAGACCGCGAGAUCUUGCAGCCGCUCUCGGAGUACUUUGAAACUAAUUGGGGAGAUAUGAGGUUGGAUUAGGACAAUUGUGUGGGCAGGCCAGUAUUCUUCCUCAGUCCCAUUGAACCAAGACACGCAUUUCAAUGCUUUCUCUUCUAAAAUCCUCCU